UUUCUGAGGAACUUCCCGACCGUCGUCCACAGCGGCUGCCCCAUUGUCCCCUCCCGCUGGCGAUGCGCGAGGGUUCCGGUUUCCCCACGGCCUGCCAACACCUGGUGUUUUCUGUUGUUUUGACCUGUAGGCAUCUUAGCGGGUGUGAGGUGGCACCGCACUGGUUUUGAUUUGCCUUUCCCUCGUGAGCAAUAUUCAGAGUCUUUUCACUCGCUUGUGGGCCGUUUCCUGCUCUUCUCUGGAGAAAUGCCUGUUCAAGUCCUCUGACUGUUUUUUAAAUUGGAUUGUCCUCUUGUUGUGAAGAUGUAGGAGCUCUUUCGGAUGUGAUCUUUGAGUAUUUACUCAUUUGUCCGGCCAUUCACAGCUACAGGGGGUGGGCAGCCCCCGGAACCCCGCAUUUAGCCCAGACCUGGUCCUGUGCUCAGGUGCUUGUGGUCUGCUGAGGAGGCUGGAUGUGGAAAGAGCCACGAGCGCUGUCAUCCGUCGUGGCCCUGGGAGCCAACAUCAUCUGCAACAAGAUUCCCGGCUUGGCCCCGCGGCAGCGCGCCAUCUGCCAGAGCCGGCCCGAUGCCAUCAUCGUGAUCGGGGAGGGGGCGCAGAUGGGCAUCAACGAGUGCCAGUACCAGUUCCGCUUCGGACGCUGGAACUGCUCCGCCCUCGGCGAGAAGACUGUCUUCGGGCAAGAGCUCCGAGUAGGGAGCCGCGAGGCGGCCUUCACCUACGCCAUCACCGCGGCCGGGGUGGCCCACGCCGUGACGGCCGCCUGCAGCCAGGGUAACCUGAGCAACUGCGGCUGUGACCGCGAGAAGCAGGGCUACUACAACCAGGCCGAGGGCUGGAAGUGGGGUGGCUGCUCCGCCGACGUGCGCUACGGCAUCGACUUCUCCCGGCGCUUCGUGGACGCCCGUGAGAUCAAGAAGAACGCGCGGCGCCUCAUGAACCUGCACAACAACGAGGCCGGCAGGAAGGUCCUGGAGGAGCGCAUGAAGCUGGAGUGCAAGUGCCACGGCGUGUCGGGCUCGUGCACCACCAAGACGUGCUGGACCACGCUGCCCAAGUUCCGCGAGGUGGGCCACAUGCUCAAGGAGAAGUACAACGCGGCGGUGCAGGUGGAGGUGGUGCGAGCCAGCCGCCUGCGGCAGCCCACCUUCCUGCGCAUCAAGCAGCUGCGCAGCUACCAGAAGCCCAUGGAGACGGACCUGGUGUACAUCGAGAAGUCGCCCAACUACUGCGAGGAGGACGCGGCCACGGGCAGCGUGGGCACGCAGGGCCGCCUGUGCAACCGCACGUCGCCGGGCGCGGAUGGCUGCGACACCAUGUGCUGCGGCCGAGGCUACAACACGCACCAGUACACCAAGGUGUGGCAGUGCAACUGCAAGUUCCACUGGUGCUGCUUCGUCAAGUGUAACACCUGCAGCGAGCGCACCGAGGUCUUCACCUGCAAGCAGAGCUGUCCCCGAGACCCGGUCAGCCGAGAGGGCAACGCCGAUGGCACUGCUGUCCCUUGGGGCCCAGUGAGUUCUGUUCUUUUCUCCGGGGAAGUGAACCCUCCUGGAAAGCCAAGUGGCAAGACUCCGAGCGUCCCCUUCCCCCACCUGGUGGCACCGAUGGCUCGAGGGACCUGGAAAUGCCAAGCCGGCCGACCCCACGCGGGACUGUUUCUCCGGCCGUGGCAGCCGCCGGGCCUCCGGGUGGUCUGGGCGGAUGUUGACAAGGUUUAUUUAUGUUCUCUUAGUAUCGGAAAAGAAUUCUUAGCACUAAGGCAUAGCCAGUCCUGACUGUACUCCGUGUUAGUGCACCCCGUGGCCCUCUGCUUCCUGUCCCUGCGUCUGACCCGAGGGAGCAGCCCUGUGCACAGCACCCUCUGGCCCUGCCCCCGAGAGGGCCUCCGAGGAGAGCCAUGGACAGGGACCCUUCUUUCUGAAAACCCUAUCAAAUCCAAAUGUCACCCACAUCAGGUUCCAGGAGUGCCCUGUCUCCUAAGGCUGUCACCCUCCCCGCACCCCCGCCAGCCUGGCGCCCUCAGUUUACAGAGCCCACUCCCGGCCCGGAGCCAGCCAGAGCCCUAGGACAGCUCUGUGCUGGCAGUGGGCUGUCAGUGGGGGCAGCUCAGGGGUGUCCACCCGCACCAAGGCCUGGGAUGGCUCGAGAAUCAGCCAGAGACCCCGAAGUUAUGAGCGGAGGCUCCUGCCUUGGCUCAGAUGUCCUGACCUCCUGGCCAGGGCUCCUGACCCUGGAAGAUGUGCUCUGGGGACACCCAUGGUGGUGUGAGACUGUGCCCAUGUUUUGAAGAAUCUGGCUGUGCCCCUCCUCCCCUGCUGCCAGCUGCACGGGGAGCCUGCACCCCCAGAGGCGCCUGCCGGGGUUUCUCUGGUGGCCUCCCUGUCCAGGCCUGUUCCUUUGGCCCUGACUCCAGUGCUGAGAAGGCUGGAUCCAGGGUGUCACUCGGCCAGGGCCCCGCCUGCUGUCCCAGCAGGUGUCUGCCCCCCAGGCACCUCCCCCAGGUGAACACCACCCCCCUGAGAACAUUCCCACCCUCCCUUGGGGAGUCUGAGGCAUAAGGAGGUGACUUGCCAGCAAGGAUGAUGUGCCACCGGCUUCUGGUGUGCCCUCCACUGCUUGUGGGCCCCUCCCACCCCGCCCUGCAUUUCGGGUAUUUUCUUGCAGAAACCUGUGGAAAUGUGUCCUCAGGCAGCUGACAAGCCAGGUGGGCUAGACCUUAGCCUGGGGUGAGUGACACCGUCUGGGCCCUGGCCCUGGCAUCUACCCCGCGUGCCCCCGAUGAUGCCAGGAUGCUCCACCAGCUGCUGUUCCGGGCACUUCCAGGCCACCGUGAAGGUCCCGCCCCCGGCCCCGCGUCCCCGGGUCCCCGGACACUCCCGAGUCCACAGGCCCGGUACCCUCUGCUAAGGAACCUGGUUAACUUAUAUUGUUAUAUAGCGUUGAAGUGUCUAUCGUGUCUUUUAAAUUAUUGUGACCUACACUGGGUACUGGAGGGAGGGGACAGCCCCGUGCAGUCCCCCGAGCCAGGCUCCUCCUUCUGCUUGAAACGGACUCUUGGGGCCCCUGAUGCCAUCGAGUCAAGCGCACUGUCCAGGUGCCUCCGCCGAGACCCUCCUCCUUCUUCCCUCGGGCGAAGGGGGGGUGAGCGCUGCCCGGGUGGGCCGGCGGCGGUCGGGACACUGCGUGUCCCUGGAGCGCUCCCAUCCCGGGAGAGCUGGGGGGUUUCCGAUGCGCUGUGUCCCGCCUUCCCUGGAGGGGAGCGCCCGGCUCCAAUAAAGCUGGAAUCAGAAGCGAG